AUGAAUCACAUAUUUUCAUUUGACAACAAUUUGAAUAAUAUAUUUUUAGGGGAUUAUAUAGAAAAAUCCGAAAGUAGUUGUGAAUAUUGUACAAAAAGAAAAAGAGUAUGCAGAUGCGAUACCAUGAAAAGGGAGCUCGGAAGCGAGCGAACAAAAGAUAUCGAUGAAUUUUUGAAUCUGAAGAAGUACUAUGACGAAAUUUGCGAAAAAAUUGUAGACAAAUAUAAAGAUGUUGUGAAUCGUUUUGAAUAUGAUAAAGAUAUAGUUAUAUACAUAAAAAAAAAUAAAAUAAAUGAUGAAAUAGAAUGUGAAGAUUGGCUAUAUUUUUAUGAACUGUUAAAAGAAAGAAAAGUUUUAGAAAAAUGUAUUGAUUUGAAACAAAAUAAAGAAAUAAUAUCGCUUAAUAGUUUUCAUUUAGAUGAGCAAGCAAAUUUCAUAAGUUGCUUAAAUUAUUAUAUUAAGGUAAAUAAAUAUCAUAAUAUUCAUCAUAAUUGGAUGGGGAUGAGUAUAAACCCAUUUAAUGAAUAUGCGAAUAAUAAUUAUAAUCCAAAUGUGUGUACUAAUAUUCAAACAAAUCAGUUUAAUAAUGUUAAUAAUAUAAAUGACAAAAUUUUUAAUGACGAUUGUAAUGUGUAUAGUAUAGAAGAAAGUGAAAAAAUACACAAUAUUAUAUCGCCAGGUGAUUUAAAAAAUAUUCAUCCUUUAUAUUAUUACUCGUAUAUACAAGAUAAUGAAAAAUGGCUAUCUGGUAUUAACAAUUCAGGUAACAUUCUACAUUUGGAAAAUAUAGAUUAUGUGUGGAAUAAAACAGUUCGAGAAGAUAGUAAUAAAAUAAAAUUGUUUCAUUUAAUAACAGCAAAUUGCGUUAAAAAUAAUGAUAUGGAUUAUAAUAAAAUAAAAACAAAAAAAGAAUAUAAUGAGAACGAUAUAAAUGUUAAUAUAGAAAUCGAAAGGGUUUUAUGUAUAAGUCAAUUAGUUUGUGCUCUAGGUAUGAUGAAUAUUGGUGGCUAUUUUAUUAUGAAAAUUAAAUUAUCCUUCGAUAAUUUUUUAUUAUCAGUUUUUUCUAUUUUAUCCAUUUGUUUUAAAAAACUAGAAGUAUAUAGGCCAUCGUGCUGUUAUUUAAGGAAUAUUAUUUUUGUAAUAGGUGUUCAUUUUAAUGGUAUAACAUCUAUAUUUUUAUCAAGUUUGAAAAAUUGUGUAGAAGAAUCACAGAAAGAACUAAUAAAUUUAGUAAAUUCAACAAGAAAAGAAGAUCAUUCUAAGGAAAAAUCAGACAACACCGAGAUGAAAAAUAAGAAAGUGAAGACAACCAAUAAUAGUGUAUAUUCUGAUAUUUCUCCCAUUACUAAAAGUGAAAGUAGUAAAUUUCUGAACCAUAGUUUAAUACCCAGAAAAUGGAUAAAGAGUAGUUUUUUUCAAGAAUAUAAAAAUUGCAUUAACCAUUUUAUUGAUUAUCUUAUUUAUCAUUUAAAAAAAUGUAUAAAUUUAUCCAAUAUAAAUUUGAUAAAAAAAAAUAUAGAAAAUACAAAAAAUACUUAUAUAUCUCAGUUUUUUGAAGAACAUAAAAUUGUAGAUAUUUUGAAAAAGGACAAAUUAGUGCAUAAAUUGCUUGACCAUAUUUAUUAUGAAAACUGUUUAGACGAAAAAAAUAAUAAAUUUAAUGAUUUCGGAGAAAAGGAUGACGAAAUCGAUUUUAUCUUACCAAAUAAUUUAUUAGAAAAUUCUGAAGAAAUAUUUUUUAGUAAUAAAUUUUUUUCUAAAAUAAAAAAUACUAUUCUUCAUUAUCAAUUAGAUGAAAAAGGAAUAUAUUUUAAAAAUAAUUACAACAUAAAUAUAUAUUGUAAUAAUAAUAUAGAAAAUUAUAGGAAAAACAUUACAUCUUUACUAAAAAAAAUUAAAUUUAAAAAUGUAAGCAAUAUUAAUAAAGCAACUGAAUUAUUCCAAUUAGAUCAAGACAUUUUAAAAAAAAAAGUAUUUUUAAGAGAUAAAGGCUUGUUCUCAAAUCAUGAAAUGGAAUUUAUUAAUUUAUUAAAAAAACAAGCAUAUUUUACAAAUAAAAAUUGGUUCAAAUGUUAUUUACAAAAUGAUAUAUUAAAUUUUAAAAACCCAUUUUAUUCAUCUAAAAACUUAUUUAAAGAUCUUCUAAAAUGUAGAUAUUAUAUAUAUUACAAAAAUUGUGAUAUACAUAUAAACAGUUUUAAGCAAAUAUUAAAGCAAUACGAGCCAAUAAGUACUUCUUAUAUUCAUUAUGAACUAUAUUCAAGUGUUAUCGAUUGUCUAUUUGUUUUAAAAAAUUGCGCAGGAUUUGAUAUAUUUAAAGACUCGAGCUUUAUACAAAAUUUUUUAGUUAUAAGUACAGAAAAUUGUAUUUUUAAUUUUUUUACAAAAUUUCAAACUGGAUAUUAUGUAGCAUUGGAAAGCAAUGACCCAACUUCAAUAAAUUCGAAUUAUACUAACUCAGGAACUGAAUCAAACACAGAUGAUUAUGUAAUUCAUGUGAAUGUAGGGAAUAUGUACGAAAAGAGACAAUCCUAUAAAUUAUUUAGUGAAUUGCUAAUUCAAAAAUUAAAAAGUAAAAAUGUGUGUUCCUUUAUUUAUAUUGACUUGAACACGAUUUUUCCAAAUUAUGUUCAUCUCGUUGAGAAAGAAAUAAAAGUAAAAAAUUACUUUAUUUCGAGUUUAAUAAUAGCUUUUAAUUAUUUAAAGAAAGAAGGAAAUAUGAUAAUACGGUUAAGUAGCGUAUUAACAUUUUUUACAGUAGGGUUAGUGUAUAUAUUAUUUUGUUGUUUUGAAAAGGUAAGUUUUUUUGUUCCACCAUCAUGUGAUGAUAUAAAUCUUGAUUUUUAUAUUUACUGUUUUAAUUUUAAUGAAAAUUAUAUAUACCGCCAUUAUAUCCAAUAUAUAUGGGAUGCUGUAAUAUGUAACCAGCAUAUAAAUGAAAAAUUUAAUAGUAAAGAAAUGGGGAUGAAUACCAUUACUAGUAAAUCUUUAGAGACUGGAUCAAAAAAAAGAAAAAGUGAUAUAUACUUUUCAAUUCCUCUAUAUUUUGUCAUGAAUAAACAUUUUGUGCUAUUUAUUAAAAAAUUUAAUUCAUUUUAUAUUAAAAAUCAUAUAAAUAUAUGUUUGAAUUUUAUAAAAGAACCAAAAUAUUUUAACCACCAUAAAUCAAUGAUAAAAUCAUUAUUAACUAAUUUUUUUAAAGCAUAUAUUUUAUGUGAUGAUUCAUAUGAAAAAAUAUAUAAAUCGAUAACAAUACAUUAUAAUAUAUUUCACAAAAAGGAGGAUAUUUCAGAUGAUGAAGACGAAGAUGAGGAAGAUGAAAAAAUUGAUAAACAUGAAAAUUUUAAUAACUUAGAAGAUGAAUCUGGGAAUAAUAACUUUAAACAUUUAUUUGAUUUGAGAGAUAAAAAGAAAAAUGAUAUUUGGGAAGUGAACAAAUAUGAAAAUUCUUCUGGAGAAUCUGAUUAUUCAUUGAUUUAUGAAUAUAAGAAUGUGCCUAGUGAAGUAUCAAUCUCAGAAACAGCCUGGGAUAGUCCUUAA